CUUUGACCUCCCCUCUUGCCGUCUUCCAACAACGGGAACUCGACUCCCAGAGUUCUCUGUCAACCCAAUUCUACCAGUGGUGUCUGGCUUUCUGGGAACCCCUCGAAAUCAUUGCGAUCAUCAAUUUCAGUUCCCAGACACCCUGCCGUCACAAUGCCAGACAUACGAAGCUUCUUCGCCCCCAAGGGCGGUGCUGCACCGGCCAAACCUGCGCCCAAGAAGGAAGAGCCCGUCAAAAAGGGCCGUGGCCGACCACGCAAGGUAGUUGAAGACAGCGAUGAGGAUGAGGAGCCUGUUGCACAACCAAGCAAGCCAGCGGCGACACGGUCUACACCGAGGAAGAAGAAAACUGCGGAGCCAGAGCCAGUGAAGGGGGAGGACAUUUCUGCCGAGGAUUACUUCAACAAGAAAGCCGCCGCGAAGAAACCUAGCGUGCCCGUCCGCCAGAGUCCGCGAAAGGCCGCUGCCACAGCCACAGCGACCAGCAAGGGCAAACCUGCCGCCAGGCCCAAGGCCAUCACGUCUCACAAGAAACACGAUUCGAACGAUGACGAUGCGUAUAUGGAGGACGCGGACGAGGAUGCGGAUGACAUAUUUGCUGCCGAUGCGAGAAGUAGAAGCAAGAGGAAGAACGAUGAGUACAUGGAAGAGGAGAGCGAGGAGGAAGUUGCGCCCAAGCCCAAGCGUGUUGCGUCCCGAGGCAAGCCCACCAAGGCCGAUGAGUCUGAGGACGACGACGAGGACUUCGCUCCCGCGCCAAAGAAAGCCGUCAGAAAUGGAAGAAAGCGGAAAUCACCAGAAUCCGACGACGAAGAGCCUGAAGCGGCUCCACGGAAGAAAGCCGCUGCAUCGAAACCUCGAGCCCCCAAGAAGAAGAAAGAGCCAGAGCAGGAGGAUGCCGUUUACAAGGCAUUUAUCGAUUCCGUGCCUACUGUGAGGCCACCGACACCACCUCCCAAGGAGGAGGGUGUGACAUUCGACUGGAGAAAGGCAGCUGCCGGUGGCGGCAACUCCGGACCCGCGCCGAUGGAGGGAACAGCUGACAUUCCAGAAGGCGAGGAGAAUUGUCUCGCCGGAAUGACAUUCGUCUUCACAGGUCAGCUCAAGACCAUCGGCCGAGAGGAGGGACAGGAGCUAGUAAAACGAUAUGGUGGGAAGGUCACUGGUGCACCGAGUAGCAAGACCACAUUCGUUGUCCUAGGGGAUGAUGCAGGACCCUCGAAGCUGAGGAAAAUCCAAGAGCACGGUAUCAAGACAAUCGACGAGAACGGCCUGUUUGAGCUGAUACGGAAAGCACCGGCGAAUGGCGGGUCAGCCAAGAACGCUGCAAAAGCUAAAGAGAAAAAGGAAGCCGAUGAGAAGAAGGUCAGGGAGGCUGCUGCGGAGCUGGAGAGAGAAGAAAAGGCGCGUCAGAUCGAGGCAGAGAAAGCUCGCAAGGCCGCCGCAGCACGUGGCGCGGCGGCUCCAGCGCAGGCCAUCGCUGCCAACUCACAGCUGUGGACCAGCAAAUAUGCGCCUUCUCAGCUGAAUCACAUCUGUGGAAACAAGGGCCAAGUCGAAAAGAUCCAGAAUUGGCUCAAAGCCUGGCCAAAGAAUCGCAAGUAUGACUUCAAGAAAUUCGGAGCCGACGGCAUGGGCGGUUACCGGGCAGUCAUUCUGAGUGGUCCUCCCGGCAUAGGCAAGACAACUUCGGCACAUCUCGCAGCAAAGUUGGCGGGUUUCGACGUGAUCGAGAGCAAUGCAAGCGACACCCGAAGCAAGAAGAUGGUCGAGAGCGGAGUCAGCGAAGUGAUGAACAACACCUCUCUACUGGGCUUCUUCGCUGGGGAUGGAAAGAAGGUCGAGGAUGCCAAGAAGAACAUCGUCUUGAUCAUGGACGAAGUUGACGGUAUGUCAGCCGGAGACCGAGGUGGCGUCGGAGCAUUGGCCAAAUUCUGCAAAAAGACAGAGGUGCCUCUCAUCUUGAUAUGCAACGAACGCAAACUUCCAAAGAUGAAGCCCUUCGAUUUCGCAGCUUUCGACAUUCCGUUCCGACGGCCGACAGUGGAGCAGGUUCGGUCUCGUAUCAUGACAAUUUGCCAUCGAGAAGGCCUGAAGCUUCCGCUCCAGGUCGUCGAUGCUCUCAUUGAGGGAAGCAACAAGGAUAUCAGGCAGAUUAUCAACAUGCUUUCGACGAUCAAGCUUGAUCAAACAUCGAUGGACUUUGACCAAAGCAAAUCGAUGUCCAAGGCAUGGGAGAAGCAUGUGGUUUUGAAGCCCUGGGAUAUCUGCCAGAAACUCCUGGGAGGCAAUAUGUUCAACCCAGCAAGCAAAACCACGCUGAACGACAAGAUUGAGCUGUACUUCAACGACCAUGAGUUCAGCUACCUCAUGAUUCAGGAAAAUUACCUCAGGGCGAAGCCAGCUGGGCUGAGCGGCAAGGGUUAUAACGGCAGGGAGGCGAACUUGAAAUACCUUGAGUUAGCGGACCAAGCGGCUGAGAGCAUCAGCGAUGGUGAUCUUGUCGAUCGUAUGAUACACGGUCCACAGCAGCAAUGGAGCCUCAUGCCGACACAUGCGGUCUUCAGUACAGUCCGCCCGGCAAGCUUUGUUGCUGGCCAAAUGAUUAAUACGGAGUUCACCAAGUGGCUCGGCAACAACAGCAAAUUGGGCAAACUCGGCCGUUACGUCCGAGAGAUUCAGUCGCACAUGCGGCUCAGAGCUUCCGGAGAUGUGAGCGAGAUCCGACAGCAGUAUCUUCCUGUCCUAUGGCAUCAGAUUGUGAAGCGUCUUGCCAUGGAGGGCAAGGAAUCUGUCGCAGAGGUCAUCGACCUGAUGGACAGCUACUACCUCACACGUGAGGACUUCGAUGCCAUGCUUGAACUUGGUGUCGGACCUCAAGAUGAGAGCCUUGUGAAGAUUGAUCCCCAGACCAAGGCAGCCUUUACGAGGACAUAUAACUCGAUGUCCCACGCUGUACCGUUCAUGAAAGCCAGCAAUGUGACAGCACCGAAGAAGGCUGCAAAGGAUAUGCCUGACAUCGAAGACGCUAUCGAGGCAGACGAUGACGGCGCAGAGGUCGUCGAACCGGCGGAGGAAGAUGAUGAUGAUGAGAUCGACCUCAAGAAAGACAAGUAUAUCAAGCAGCCCAAGGCUAAGCCCAAGCGAGCUGCCAAAAAGAAGGUCCCAGUGGAUGACGAGGAAGAUGAUGGUGACGAGAAGCCUACGAAGAGCCGCGCAAAGGGCAAGGGGGCUGCAAAGGGCAAGGGCAAAAAGUGAUGCGGGGAUCAGAGUUACCACUGAAUCAAGGUGUGAAGGAAAUUAUUUUGCUGCUGCUUCGUGAAGCCGACCGCAGGAGUCAGAACCUUGGAAUGCGGCACUCUUACCUGGGCGUGUUUGCCGUUUUGACCAUCUUUAAUCGCUUGAUGAGCAUCCUUGAUUUCGCGAAUUGACCAAGAGCUGUGGUUUUUUCUCUCUCAGGCUAGUCCAGAUGGAAUUCUCGAGAGACUUGCUAGAACUUAGGAAGCCAAUGCUAACUUGGAGCUUUCAGUUGGCCCUGGACAUGAAAGUGGUCUGCUGUG